AUGGACUUGGAACCUUCUACAGAGCCAGACCCGCUAGCGUGGCUUGUGGAGGAUCCUCCUCCAAAACCAGAAACUGUCUUCACCAAGGAGACGCUCCUCCACUCCCCACUAAUCCUCCGUUUUCUUCCACAUUUCAAAGUCGACAUCCACAAACCCUGGACGGGGCUUCCGUCUCGAAGCAUCAAUGACGAAAGGGAACAGCUGCUUCAUCCACCUGAAGCUGACUCUUUCUUUGGAGACGAUAUGAGUGAAGACGACGAUGGAGAGAUCUUGUGGAAAGCAGAAGAAAGUGGCCUGGCUCAGAGAGCUUCUCAGAUUGUGCCUGUCAGCGUUAUUGUGAAAUUGGGUUCGCUCAGCAUCAAUGGGAUUGAGUUUCCUUUCUCCUCGGCUCUACGAGAUGCCGUUCUUAUACCAGGCGGUGAAAAGGCUGAGGACUCGCUAUUGGUUUCACUCAAACUGGGCUUUCUUCUACUAGUUCGUCUCUACUACAUGCCAAAAUACGCCUCAGAAACAAGUCUACACGACCAGAAACCACCUGACGAUCAAACAUUCAUAUAUAAACCGUUUGUGGUGCAGUGGUGGAAGACCACAUCUCCCGCUACGGACUCUGGCUUCGAUAUGGAGACUUCUGGAGCCAUUCUAGCUGCUCACAAUAAUGGACUAGCAGUGGUUUCAGCCCUGGCUGCCAACGUCUUCAGAAUCUACAUGUGCAACAGCACAGAGUUGGGUUUGGAGCUUCUGCCCCACCACAAUGUGCCCCUUGAAGGAAACAUCUUGCAUGUCUGUUUUGGUCGAUCUCCUGGUGACGCAACCGAAGAGAAUCUUUUACAAUUGAUGACGCUCUCCUACAGCCCAAUGAACCGCUUGGAGAUCAACUUAUUCCAGUGGUAUGUUUCCGAAUCCUUUUCAGACGGUUCCAGAAGACUGACGCUUCCGCUCACUCAUGAUUUCGGUCUUCCCAUAUUUGUGAUACCCUUGGCAAGAAAUAGCAGCUUCUUGUUCAUUUUCCCAGCCGAAUUCGUCGUGGUCACCGCUCACAAUGUGAUCCUGGCAGACUACACAUUUGCUAGAUUCAACUAUGCCGGUUCCUUCCCCACCUCCUUUGCAUUACCAGAGUCAGAUGGCAUUGAAGACGAGAUUUUCCUUGCUUCCGACUCUGGCGUCAUUUACUCAGUUGUUGUAUCCGGUGACAACUCGAGUUUGACCUAUAAACCCAUUUUGCGUGUCGCAGACGCCAUAACCACAUUCACACUCCAUCGUGCUUCCAGUGGCUAUAACCUACGCUACUCGAACGACGCCGGCAGUGCCAGACAUUUGCAUAUACCCGAGCUUCUUCAUGAUUUAGAGUCGGCAGAUAAAAUACCCUAUUCAGAUGCCCUGCAAAUCCAGGAUUACAAAAAUUGGGCCCCGUUGGUCGAUAUUUGUAUCAUUGAUGCUUACAAGACAAGAACCCAGAUCCCUUACGCUUCCCAAGAACUCUGGGCUGUCUCCGGUGCGGGAAAGAGAAGUAAGUUGGCAAACCUCAGCAUAGCUUACCCAUUGAAGAAAGAGUGCAAGUCCUAUGAUGCGCUUCGAAAGACGACAAAAAUACAUUUCGUACUCCUUCCAGAUUCAAGAAAGCUCUUGUUUGCAUCACUACCUUUUGAGACCAGGCUUCUUGAACUAGAGCAAGAGGAGUCCAGCGAUGAUUCUGGCUCCAAUAAUGGGGAUAUGUUCACCGAAAUCGAGGAUCCUGCCAUCUUUACUGAGGAGCCGACUUUGUUUGUGGAGUUGAUUCCUUUUAAAGAACCCCUUCUCCUCCAAUUUACUGCCACAAGCGUGACUUUCUCAAGUUUAGAGAAUUGCUUUACCAGCAGGCUUGAAGACAAAAUGAUCCAUCAAGUCUCACAGGCGGCUGGUUUUCUCUUUAUGAUAGUGGAACAGGCCAAUAAAGUUAAUCUUGAAGUCGUGGAGGUGAAUGCACCGGAUAUGAAUGGCUCUGUUAAUCCGGAGGCCUGUUUGGAGACAGUAUUUUCCUUGGAUAUAGAUGUGGACAUUAGUACCAUGUUUGCAACCGAAGAUGGCAAUGGUAAUGGAGUGCUUUUCUUGGGGACCUUAGAAGAAAAAGUCAUUAUCUGGCCUUUCACCGCCAGUGGUGGUUUCUCUUCUGAAAAGCAGGUCAUUGAUCUUGGAGAGCAGGCCACUCAUAAGGACAGGUUUCCGAGAGACUUGCUUGUUCCCAGUGCCUUUUUAUGGCUCAAAAACCGAAGGGAGCUUUUGGUAGGAACUUUCACCGGCUACUGCUUCCGUUUCAAGCUAGAAAAUGCGUUCCUUCUCGUCCAAGAUCUUCGGCUAGGAACCACCCCGAUCAGCUUCACCCACCUUGAGGAAAGUCAAGUUCUUGUGACGCUCCGUAACAUAUGGCUUUUUGACUUUGAAGAUUCCGACCUUCCCACGAAAGCAGCAUUUGAUGAGAAGAUUAGCCAUGCGAUCACUCUGGUGGCACAUGUGAGUCUGGAAAAGCCAGGCCUUCACAAGCUUGCACUUGUGAGAGACGACGGUGUCACUACUGCUUCAAUUACGUGUCGGAGGGCUCCAUUGGUGAAACAAAUCACGAUUGGAGAAGCAGCCAAGAAGCUUCUUUAUCUUGAAAACAUCAAUGUGUUUGUUCUCUUGUGCAAGUCAAAGGACCCCCAGUCUCGACUUCGUUUUGGUGACAGAAAGACCCUUCGAAUUCUUGCUAGCGUGGAAAUCGAUGUGAAGCUGGGAGAGCAAAGAGAGACUGCAAUCUUCGAUCCAUCAGAGUUUCCGAUCUGUGCUUUCCAAUGGCAUGUUGAGAGAAAUGAUAGAGUUUCGAAAAAGCUCAUUGUGGGUUGUUCAACAAAUGUCAGCAAGGGCUCCAUCAAGAUUCUCGACUACUCGAAAUUUCCCUUGAGCAACUCGACCGUUGGUAUUAAAGUUACAGAGUUAUACUCCAUUUCCCGUGACGGGCCUGUCACUUGCAUUGAACAAAUUGGCCUGACAAUCUUUUUUGCAUCAGGAAACAGCAUCUACACAACAUCAUAUCUCUUGGCUGAUCGCAAGUUACGCCCCGUUAAUACCAUUCAGACGCUCUCGAGCGACAUUGCCUCAAUGACAUCAGAACCGGACGGUCGGCUUAUUGUGAGCACCAAAAUGGACUCUGUUUUUGAAUUUACAUACGACUCAGGCGACUCCUACCAUAACGAAGAGCUUAAGCUUGUCAUGAGCGACAAGGCGCCUAAAUCGCUAGCCAAUCACGUCAAAAUUGAUGAUUCCAUCUUCAUCGCUGACAAGCUUUUCUCGACAAUCCAUGAACUCACACCUAGAGGCGUCAGAAAAAGAGACGGCCUUUUUAAAACGCACCUGAUUCCCAGAGUAUUCAAAACACUGGCUCAGGGACCUUGGGCAGAAUCUGAUAGGCUUCAUAUGCUUAGUGUGGGCGUUACUGGAGAUGUUGUAGCUUUUGACAGAAUCGUUAUUGGAUCGCCAGAAUUGCAACAAAUUUGCCAGAAGCUCGCUGAUGAAGACAAAAUACCCCAUGGCGCUAACUUUGACGUAUUGUACGAAAGGCUAGAGCGUCCAUUUUUGUACAAAUUGACCGGAAAGGCGUUUCAGGGAAUUUACAAGCCAUUUUUCGGUAACAGUCCUUCCAAAGACCUCAUAGACUACGAUUUGGAGGACCUCAAGAGAAUAGCCUCCUCUAGCAUCUCGCUAUAA